UUCUGAGGUACGAGGAAGUGCACGCCUCUGUUAUUUUCUACGCUCGCGACACUGACAUGUAACUAUGGGAGAAGUAUGACUGGAGAAUAAAUUAGCAUCAUGGAUAUCGGCACAAGUACCAAGCAUACUUUUUAAUCGUGUUGAGGCUUUCAUUGGAAGACUCAAGAUCCUUUCAUCCAAUUAUCCCUCCCACACCUUCCCUGCUGAGCCCCAACGCCCCCCAUUUCCCCUCCCCGAGCCCUCAGAAUGUUGGAGGGACUUGUUGCCUGGGUUCUCAACACAUACCUAGGAAGAUAUGUCAGCAACCUAAAUACCGACCAGCUUUCCAUCGCCUUAUUGAAAGGGGCGGUGGAGCUGGAAAACCUCCCCCUGAGAAAAGAUGCCCUUAGAGAGUUUGAUCUACCCUUUGAGGUCAAAGCUGGCUUUAUUGGGAAGAUCACACUCCAGAUCCCCUUCUACCGACCCCACAGUGACCCCUGGGUCAUCUCAAUGUCCCAGCUCAAUCUGAUCAUCGGCCCUGCACUCCCCCAGGAGUACGAUGAAGAGAAGGAGCGGGAGGAGGAGAGGGAGCGCAAGAAACUAUUGCUAAAAGCCCUAGAAGACAAAUGGAAGAGUGAGUGUGAGCAAAGAGGAGAGUCGUACUGGUACUCAGUCACUGCCUCUGUGGUCACCAGGAUAGUAGAAAACAUUGAGCUGAAGAUACAAGGUGUCCACUUACGAUUUGAGGACAACUUCUCUAAUCCAGAAAAGCCCUUUUGCUUUGGUGUUUGUAUUAACAAUGUGUCUGCUCAAAACUCAUCCAAAGAACCGACUCAGAAACUGUUACGUCAAAAGCAGCUGGAGAUUGAAGAAUUCAGUGUCUACUGGGACACCGAGUCUAGCAUGUUGGGAGCCCUCCCUACUAGUGAAAUUCAGGAGGCCAUGACUAAAUGCAUGCAGAGCCGGGAGCACCAGUAUAUCUUUGAGCCUGUGUGUGCCUCAGUGCUGCUGCGGAGGAAUGCCUCCAAGGAGCCUCUGAGGUCUCGCCACACGCCUCGCAUCGAGGGCCAGGUCCAGCUAGAGCCUCUGUCCCUACGUCUUUCACAGGUCCAGUAUCAGCAGAUCAUGGCCUUCCUCAAAGAGCUGGACCGCAGGGAGAGGGAGAUGCUUUUUCGCAAGUGGAGACCCAAAGUUCCAGUCUCCGGAAACUGCAGACAGUGGUGGACAUUUGCAAUCCAUGCCAACCUGAGUGAGAUCAGGGAGCUCAGGCGGAGGAGGAACUGGGACUUUGCCCUGCAGCGUGCGCGGGAUGCACAAGUCUACACCAACCUCUACUUCCAGAGACUAAAGGGGGCGCCCCUUGACCCACAUGAAGAGUGUGAGUUGGAUAGAGUGGAAGAGGAGCAGACUUUGGAGGAGUUGCAGAGUCUAAGAGGAGUAGUUCAUGACUGCUUCCGCAAGCAGGAGGAGAUCGCAGAGAAUGUACGAGAACCCAUCUCUGACCCCCCACCCUGCUCUCCCACUGGCUCAGUUCCUAAGAGUGGGAGCUCAGGGAUGAUCCAGUACCUGCAGUCAUGGUUCCCUGGUUGGGGAGGUUGGUACGGAGACACGCAGGGCCCAGAGAGGGGCUCUGAUGAGCUUUUACCAGGCCCCGCCACAUGGGACAUCCUUGCAGAUACAGAGGACCUAUUUGAUCCCCUUGAAGACUCCCAGACACUGAACACCUUCACCAGGAGGGACCACCUGUUUGCCCGGCUGGAGUUCCUGCUGGAGAAAGGUUCAGUCACACUGUUCCACCAGGACAGGAGGGCAGGCACGCUCCAGGAGAGUGGAGUCAUCCAGCUGGAGUUCUCUGGGGUCAAAGUGGGAGUGGAAUCUCUGCCUCGCUCAGAGACCUCUCUGUUCUCUGUUAAGCUGGGUGGGCUGUUCCUGAGAGACCUCACCACCCAGGGCUCUAUCUUUCCUGUGCUAGUUUCCCCCAAACCGAACAGAGUUGCCAUAAAUCAACCUUUUGGGCAGCCCUACAGUGCAGAUACAAACAGCUCAGGCCCUGAAUCAUCAGCACCUCCUGUGUUUGAAAUGAUCUAUGAGCGCAACCCUGCGAGAAGUUCUUUUGAGAGGAGACUGGAUGUGAAAACCAGCCCACUCAACAUAAUCUAUAACCCCCAAGCCAUCAAGAAAGUGACUGAUUUCUUCUACAAAGGAAGGGUCCAUACUUCAGGCUUUGGGUACCAGUCUGAGCUGGAGCUGAAGGUAGCAGAAGCGGCCAGGAGGCAGUACAACAAGCUGAAAAUGCAGACCAAGGCAGAGAUCAGACAAACUAUCGACCAGCUGCUGGUUGGAGAGUUCAUUGAGAAUAGUAAGCGCUGGACCAUGAAGCUGGACAUCUGUGCACCCCAAGUUAUAUUUCCUGAUGACUUUCAAUCCGAGGACCCCAUGCUAGUUGUGGUUGAUCUGGGCCGCAUUCUUCUCACUAACUCUCAAGAGGACACAAAAGCCAAGUCCAAGAUCUCUCAGCCAGAGGGAGAGGAGCUGAGUGACGAAGAGUACCAGACUCCACUGGCCACACCUCCAGAGUCUCCAGCCCCUGAAUUUGAGACCAUGUCCAAAGACCACACUAAGAGCCAUGAACUCCCCAGCUUUAAGUCCCCUGAGGGCGCUCAGGCCUUCUGCAGAAACCUGUAUGAAAAGUAUUCCCUAUCUUUCAAAGACUUGCAGAUCAUGGUAGGUCGAUACAAAGACAACUGGAAGCACCUCCAGGAGAGUGAAGUUGGGCCCACUCAUGUGGUAGAGAAGUUCAAUGUGCUGUUGCAGCUGGAGCAGAGGCUGCGUUACACCUCGGAUCCCCAGCUCCCCGGGGCUGUCCUCUCAGGCACUCUACCAGACCUGAAGGUACACAUCAACCUGGAGAAGAUGACUGCACUCAGGAGCUGCCUAGCCCGGCUUAGCACUCCUGCAGAUGGAGAGGAAAUCGAGGGAAAAGGCCAGAGUGUCAAAUCCCCAGACCCCUUGACACUGCGCCAUGAGAAGAUCUUUCAAAGAGAAGACAGCCAGUGGAAACUCCAGGGCUCAGCUAAAAACCUGACCCAGAGUGUUAUGACCCUGGAGCAGCACACACGAGAAGUCCUGGUGGAGUCUCGGCUCCUCCUGGCCGAGUUCAACAUUAAUUACAUGCAGCUGGGCGUGGAGAGCAACGGACGCUACAUCUCAGUCCUUAAGGUCUUUGGCACCAAUGCCCACUUUGUGAAGCGGCCUUAUGAUGCUGAGGUUUCUCUAACUGUUCAUGGACUCUUGCUGGUGGACACGUUACAGACCUAUGGCUCUGACUUUGACCUCUUGGUGGCCUCUCACAAACACCUCAGCUUUGAUGUGCCCACAGGCAGCCUCCGUCAAAGCCAACCUUCCUCCCCCACCUCGCCUCAGGGAAGAUCCCCUGAGCACCCAUCCUUUCAUCGUGGCUCAUCCUCUGGGAUGCUCUUUGACAAAAUCUCUCCCUUCAGCUCCUUCCUCAGGGACCAGGAAGCCCUAAUCAGGCUGGAGUACCAGUUUGUCAGUUCUGACUGCCCUUCCAUGAACUUGGACAGCUCGCUCCAAGUAACCACCCUGCAGGUCAACAACCUGGACAUCAUCCUCAACCCAGAAACCAUGGUGGAGCUAUUGAAGUUCUUACAGCAGUCUUUCCCAAAGGAGGAAUCUACCUGGACUCCAUCAACUCAGCAGCCCUCUCCAUUACCUUCAGGUGAGGACCAGGAUGAGACCUUCCAGUCCACCUACGAUCAGAACAAAGAGCUAACGGUGGAGAUCCAUCGGCUCAACCUACUACUCCUUCGUACCGUGGCCACAGGGACUGUCCUUGGCAGGGAAAAGAAAGGUAUAAAGAUAGCUACUGCCAGCAUUAAUGGCACCAAGGUCAAUGUGUCCAUGGGCAGCCGUCUGGAUGUUAAUGGUUCGCUAGGGUCCAUGCAGCUGGUUGACCUUACUCAGGAAGGAGGGAGGAGUCAGUUUGUGGUCAGCAUUGGGAAUGUAGAGGAAGAUUCUUCAGUUGGAGGGGUAGCCUUCUUUGCAGGUGCUGGAAGUUCCCCUUCGGAGGCCUUGAACUUUCGCCUCAUGGAGAAGUCUCAAGGAGAGUGCUCUUUACAGCUUCAGAUGGCAUCCUUACACUACAACCAUUCUGCCAAGUUCCUGAAAGAGCUCAGUCUGUCUGCCAAUGAGGUGGAGGACAACUUCAGAUCUAUGCUGAAAACAGCUGCUACUAAAGUGUCCACAGUGCUGGCCACCAAGACUGCAGAAUACAGUGGGAUGGUUUCUCUUUUUGAGACGCCCUCCAGGAGAUCUCGGACUCAGAGCCAAAGUGGACCUAACUGGACCUAUCCCUUUGAGGAUGAGGAGGAUCUCACUAUACAGGAGGAAGAACCCACUUUAGACUCAUUCAUGGUGAAACUGACCCUGAACGUCAGCAUUGACUCACCUGUCGUAUCCAUCCCUCGUAAACCUGGUCACCCCGAACUUCUGGUUGGUCAUUUAGGAAGUAUAACCAUACAGAACUUUGUGACUGGGCAGGAGUCUCAAGGUGAGAGGUUACAGGUGUUGGUAAAGGAUAUUCGACUCUACUCACUCAAUACAAGUCACCUUGUUUUACGAAAGCCAACCAGAAAUGACAGCAGUGCUGGCUCCAGCAUGUCCCCUUCCCAUAAUAGCAAUGCUAAUCAGGAGGAGCCACAGUUUACCCGCCAUGACUUCUUUGAAUCUCUAAGCCGUGGAAAAGCCUUUCAUAUUCUGAAAGACACAACUAUUCAGUUUACCUUGGAGAAAGUCUCUAUCGAUGAGGAAGAUACCCAGUUCCCCUUUUUAACUACGGAGGAACCUUAUCAAAGUACAGGACUACUCAGAGUUGAAGGCAAAUUUGUUAACCCAGUUCAGGUGUUCCUGGCCAAGCCUGUGUACGAGCAGGUGUUACAGACCUUGGACAACCUCUCUCUCAUUGAAGAACAUCGAGUGACUCCCAGUCAGCCUCCCACCCCGCCACCCCCCACCCCUUCCUCCACCAAACCCCACCGCUUUCCAGACCCCCAGGGAGGACUCUUUGCCCGGGACCCACCCCACAUUAGCCUCUCCUAUUCCUCCUUGUCAAACUCGCUCUCAGCUCCCAAGCCCUUGCAGGCCCACAGCCCCCCAUUCCAGCCACCUUCCUUCACUCAGGUGCACGCCACCUUUCGGGUGGCAGAACUUCAGGUGCAGCUCAGUGCUGACCUCACCCAGGGCUCUCAGGGACUUGUCAGCUUACGCUUCCAAGACCUGGAAGGUGACUUCACUAAGGAUCACCCCCAUUCCCUGUCUGUCCAGCUGACAUUGCGCUCCCUGCAGAUGGAGGACCUCCUGGAACAGAACCCAGAGUCCAAGUACAAACAUCUGAUGAUAUCCCGUGGUGCCCCAAAGCCCUCCACAUUUAGCCCUAAGGAGUAUCUGUCUCAGAGCUGCCCCUCUUCCUCCAAUGCCUUGUACCCAGAAAUGCCCCGCUCCCUGCCUGCUCACAUGGAGGAGGCUCAGAAUGUCUUCCAGCUCUACCAGAGGCAUCCCAGUACCCCGUCUGCCAGCAGCCGCAAGAGCAAGAAAGACCCUGCCUGCCCCAGCACUCCUCCACCAUCCCCCACAAGACAAAGCCCUUCCCCACAACCCACCCCAGACUUUGAUGACUCACUGGUGCACAUCAAUGUGCUACUGGUGGACAGACGGCAUCCAGAGUUCAAGACCCGCUAUGGCAGCAUUGGGCGAAGUGUGGAUGUUGACUUUAACUGCCUAGACGUGCUGAUCACGCUGCAGACCUGGGUGGUCAUUCUGGACUUCUUUGGCAUCGGCUCCACUGCCAACAACCACGCGGUCAAGGUGCCCACCAUGUCCCCCCAGCCCAUGCCAGGGCAUCCUCUGUACCAACCUGGACCACAUGACUUGGGAGACAUGUACCCAGACAUUGUGGAAGAGGAGGUGGAGGUGGUCAAUACCAAACUCGAUCUAAAGGUACAUUCCCUGUCUCUUGUUCUAAACAAGAAGACCAACGAACUUGCUAAAGCGAGUGUGUCCAAACUAUCAGCUCACCUAGAAAUGCUUGAGGGUGACCUGGGGUUGCAGGGGAGUCUGGGUAGCUUGUCUCUGAGUGACCUGACCCCACAUGGUGACCUCUACAGGGAGCGCUUCACCACAAGAGGUGGAGAGGCUCUCGUUUUUAACAUCCACAAGUAUGGACAGCCUGAUCCCGACCUGGAGAGGGAAUGUGACAUCAAGGUGUCCUUACAGAUGGCCUCUGUCCAGUAUGUCCACACACAGCGCUUCCAGGCAGAGGUGGUGGCCUUUAUCCAGCACUUCACCCAGCUGCAGGACGUCCUUGGCAGGCAGAGGGCGGCAAUGGAGGGCCAGGCUGUCCGUGAGCGGCCCCAGAGAGCGUCCCGUGUGCUGCUGGACAUCGAGGCGGGCGCCCCUGUGCUUCUAAUCCCUGAGAGCUCCCGCUCACCACGCCUCAUCGUGGCCAACCUGGGCCAGCUGCGCGUGCGCAACUCCUUCCUGCCUGCAGGCACCCAUGGUACCUUCUCACUCAGAGACAAGGACCGUGUGAGCAGCGCCCAGCCACAGAGCUCAGCAGCCAAGAGCAGUGAGGAGGAGCCUGCUGAGAAGACUAAAGCCCCCGGCCCCUCCGCCUCCUCCGGCCCCUCCGCCUCCUCCACCACAUCCUCAGGGUUCACCCUGGACCGGCCCCAGCCCCCUGCUGCUGGGAGGAUCCCUGAGGAGGACACGUCCCUCUACCUGGUGGAGGACCAUGUGUGCCUGCUGGACUGUAUAGCCCUGGACCUGCAGGAGAUGGACAUCUUUGCUGCGGAGCGUCUGCCCUGCCAGCCGUGGGACAGUGCUGGGAAGCAGCCGGACUCUGACCUGGUCUUCCCAUCUUACUCUGUGCGGCGCACCGGAGACAACCUACUCAAGGAGCGCUGCCGCCUGAAGCUCAAGGUGGAGCGCAACCUAGACAAGGAGCUAAGUCACGCCGUGCCAGACAUGUCCAUUCACGGCAGCCUGUCGUCCGUCCACUGCUCCCUGGACCUGGAGCGCUACCAGCUGAUCAGAGGGCUCCUGGAUAACAACCUGGGGGAACCUGUAGAGGAGUUCCUCCGCCCAUACAACCUGCAGGACCCCAGCAGCUAUACGGUGUUGAGUGGUGAUGUGUACACCAGCCUGUCUCUCCUUGUUGACAUGAUGAAUGUCAGUCUGGAGCUGUUCGACAAGCCGAACGCUAGCGCCCAGAAAUGCUCACUAGCCAGGUUUGACUUCAUGAAAUCCAAGCUGCUGUUUGAGAGUUUCUCAAACGGGUCCAAGUCUGUCAACCUGGUGUCUCACUCCCUGUUGGCAUACGACACUCGCUACACUGGAGCUAACACGGGCGCGGGCACCAGGACCAAGCACAAUGUCUUUGACUGCAUCCUCCAGCCUUCAAAGACAGGCACCAACCGGGCAUCACUGCAGCUUGAGCUGCAUUACAGAUCCACACGGGACUCCUCCUGUUUCACCGUGGUGCUCAACAACUUGAGGGUCUUCCUCAUUUUUGAUUGGCUCCAGCUGGUACGUGACUUCCUGCGGAUGCCCGCGGAGGAUGGGGCAGGCGCCCCGCCCCGCCAGCGCUGGCCCAGCGGCAACAGCGACCCCGGUACCGCCGGGGCAGUCAUGCCCAAGACGGUGAAGAGUGGGGUGGUUACCAAGAGGUCCACAGUGACGGUCACCCAGGACCGCUACCUAGAGGUCAAGGUCAACGUGACAGGCACAGAGUUUGUGGUGGUAGAGGACUCGUCUUGUCUGGACACCAGUGCCAUCAUUCUGAAGGGCACCACCGUUCUCACGUAUAAGCCUCGUCUUCUGGACCGCCCCUUCUCUGGCAGCCUGGCCGGCAUCGAGGUGUUCUCCUGUUGUUUGGGCAGCGAGCAGGAGACAGCCCUGUCCAUCAUCGACCCUGUCAACAUCCAGGUGGAGCUGUGUGGAAGCCCCACCUACCAGAGCAGCUCCGGCCUGCUGGACGCCUUCAACAUGGAGGACUUCCCCCCUCUGCUGGAGAUCCAGUUCCCUGCUCUGGACAUCCGUCUGUCUUACAAUGACGUCCAGCUCUUCCUGGCUAUCGCCAAAUCCAUCCCUACCUCGGGCGCUCCCGAGCCCAGCGAUGCUGCAGACGGUGCCUAUGCAGGCACCUCAGUGGCCAGCCUGGAGCCCACCAGCAGCCUGAAGGACAGCUUCAGACACAAGACUGAGGCUCUGCUAGAGGGCCAGCUGACACGGUUGCAGGAUCUAGGCUUCAGGAAGGAUGACUGCAAGAGAGCCCUUGUCCACUGCAAAGGCCAGCUGGACCAGGCUGCCACCUGGCUGCUGGAGAAUGCAGAGACCAUGGCGGGUCACCCCAGGGCCAGGACAGACUCAGACUCUGCCAGCCACUCUUCCACCCCUCUCUCUGGGGUCGAGGUCAAAGCAGAGAGCGUGUGUAUCUGCUUCAUCGACGACUGUCUGGACUGUGACAUCCCUCUGGCUGAGGUGACCUUCUCACGGUUGUAUGUGCUUCAGCGGAUCGGCUCCACCCAGGAGGGCAACGCCAGCUUCACUCUGUCCGGAGACUACUACAACAGAGAACUCUCUGGUUGGGAGCCCUUCAUCGAGCCGUGGCCCUGCUUCAUCAACUGGCAGCAGCAGGCCGCUGGCCGCCUUCACCCGCCACGCCUCAAGAUGGCCGUCCGAGCCAAGCAGAGGCUGGACAUCAACAUCACCUCCGUCCUCUUGGAGCAGUACAGCACCACCAAGAGUUCCUGGUUGGCAGACUACUGUAAGGAGGAAGAGCAGGCUCCGCAGAGCUCUGCAGCCCUGCCUUGGAUGGGCUCCUCAGUCGACCCCCCCUGCUUCGCACAAAGUGUCCCUCUUUCCCACCUUAGAACUAGGAGCACUGCCAGCUUGACCUGCCUUGAGCAGCAGAUCCACACCAGAGCGGACGUGAAGCUGUCCAAGCGCAGGCAGCCCUUCGUGCCCUACGCCCUGCGGAACCUCACAGGAUGUACCAUGUGGUUCGCCACGCUCACCACCACCCCCACCAGGGUGGCGCUGUCUCACAGUGGCAGUGCAGACUCCAUCUCAGACGUGCACGGGCCAGGAACAGACGACACCCACAACGUCAGCCAGUGGCGAGAGGUGCUGCCAGGGGAGGAGAUCCCCUUUGAGUUUGAGGCCCGCGAAAAACUCAGGCACAGACACACUCAUGAGCUGAAGCUGCAUCAGUUGCUGGUGCGUGUUGGUGGCUGGGAGCAGGUCAAACCCGUGUCUGUGGAUAAAGUUGGAGUGUUCUUCCGCUAUGCAGCGCCAGAUCGCAACAAUCCCUCUAACACUGUUGGAAGCCCUAUCAGCAGGACCAACAUCAUACACCCACAUGUCUAUUUCUCUGCCCUGCCGCCUGUCAGAGUGGUGUUCUCCAUCACCAUGGAGGGCAGCGCCAGGAAAGUGAUCACUGUCCGCUCUGCCCUCAUGGUCAAGAACCGCCUGGAGGUGCCCAUGGAGGUCCGUCUGGACAGCCCCUCCGCCCCAGACAAACCGGUAGUGCUGCCCCCCAUCCUUCCAGGCGAGGCCCUGGCAGUGCCCCUGCACCUGACCUCCUGGAGGCUGCAGGCCCGGCCCAAAGGCCUGGGCCUCUUCUUCUGUAAGGUGCCCAUCCACUGGACCAGUGUGGAGAGGCCCGGGGAAAUCAACAGCAGCAAGAGAGAGUGCCAUUCCGCAGACUUUGAGGACCACCUCAAACGCAGCUUCAGGUUUUGUGUGGUGAUCAAGAAAGAGAACUACCCGGACCAGCAGCCUGCUAAGACCGUGUCAGGCAGUGCCAAGCAGAUCUACCGCCAGCCUGGCCACACCAUCUACCUGCUGCCCACCUUGGUACUGGCCAACCUGAUGCCCUGCGACCUCAACUACUACAUCAAGGGCACGUCCAUCAAGGGCUCUCUGAAACCUGGCAAGGAGGCCGUGCUGCAUGCUGCAGACACCUCCCAGAACAUGGAGCUAGGAGUGUUGCUGGAGAACUUUCCGGUGUGUAAGGAGCUUCUGAUUCCUCCCGGCACGCAGAACUACGUGGUGCGGAUGCGGCUGUACGACGCCAACAAGCGUCUGCUGUGCCUCACCAUUCGCAUCAUCCUACGGGCACAGGGCGCUCUCAAGAUCCUCAUCUCCUCCCCCUACUGGCUCAUCAACAAGACCGGCUUGCCGUUGAUAUUCCGCCAGGACAACGGGAAAACAGAUGCCGCUGGCCAGUUUGAGGAGCAUGAGUUGGCACGGAGCCUCAGCCCACUUCUGUUCUGUUACACUGACAAGGAGCAGCCGGCCAUGUGCACGAUGCGGAUUGGUAAGGGCAUCCAUCCAGACGGGGUUCCUGGUUGGUGUCAGGGCUUUUCUCUGGACGGAGGUAGUGGAGUCAGAGCGGUGAAGGUCAUCCAGCAUGGGAACAGGCCAGGACUCAUCUACAACAUAGGCAUCAACGUCCGCAAAGGGAAGGGCCGCUACAGAGACACCCACAUCGUGACCUUUGCCCCCCGUUACCUGUUGGACAACCGCUCUACGCACAAACUGGCCUUCUCACAGAGAGAGUUUGCAAGGGGAAAGGGCACAGCCAACCCUGAGGGCUACAUCUCCACCCUGCCGGGCUCCAGCGUGGUCUUCCACUGGCCCAGGAACGACUACGACCAGCUGCUGUGCGUCCGCCUCAUGGACACGCCCGACUGCACCUGGUCUGGAGGGUUCGAGGUCAACAAGCCCAAGUCCUUCCAUGUCAACAUGAGGGACACACUGGGGAACUGUUUCUUCCUGCGGGCUGAAAUCACACUGAAAGGCGCCACCUAUCAGAUCUCCUUCAGCGACACCGACCAACUUCCUCCCCCGUUCAGGAUCGACAACAUAUCAGAGGUGCCCAUCCAGUUCUGGCAGCAUGGGGUGGUUGACAUCCGUCUGCACACCGAGGUGAAGGCAGGUUCCAUGUUGGACUUUGCCUGUGAUGAGCCCACUCUGCCCCCCUACCUCACCCUCAUUGUUAAGGGGGCAGGCUCCUCGGAGGUCACUGCCGAUAUGAACUUCUUCCGGGAGUACAACAAGCUCUACUACGAGAACUUCAUCUACAUCGCUGCUACACACACCUUCUCCCAAGACGCUGGGAAGAGGCCUGUGGGGAAGAAGCGCCUGGUGAGCUGUGCUGAGCUGGUGCUGGAUGUGGAGCCCAAGACCCAGCGAGUCAUCCUCAAGAAAAAGGAGCCAGGGAAGCGGUCCCAGUUGUGGAGGAUGACCGGCACAGGGAUGCUGUGCCACGAAGGCUCCUCCCCUCCCCAGAGCAAGCCUGCCCAGCCCCGCCCCCUGGACUCGUCCCUGGUGCUGGACAUUGCUGGACUGGCAGCCGUCACUGACAACAGCUUUGAGCCGUUGAUGCUGAGGAGGCCAGACCCACGUCGCAGCACCACCCAGACAUGGCACUUCAGCUCCAGCAUGCUGACCUGUGGCCUCCCCCGGCUGGUGGUUCAGGCUAAGGGUGGUGUGGAGGGACUAUUUGAUGGGGCGGAGGUGGUCCUGGGGCCAGAUUCAGCUCAGAACCAGGUCCUGAUGGAGCCAGGUCCUGAGCAGCAGUUCAUCAACCAGAAGAUGAGACCAGGUUCUGGGGUCCUCUCUGUCCAGGUGCUGCCUGACGGACCCACACGAGUUCUGCAGAUCAGUGACUUUAACCAGAGGCGGAUGAACCGAACCUCCCCAAGCACUGAGGAAGACCAGAAUAAAGACCCCGUUCAGAAGAAGGACCCUGAGCAGGAGCUAGAGGUGUUGGUGAACCUGGAGGAGGGCGUGGGUCUGUCCCUGGUCAACAAGCUGCCGGAGGAGCUGGUGUUCACCACUCUGUCGGGCAUCGACAUCCACUUCACCCGCACGGCCACCAACGAGGUCCUGGAGCUCAGCGUUCAGAACAUCCAGGUGGAUAACCAGCUCCUGGGCACCACUCAGCCGGUGAUGCUGUGUGUGAGCCCUGGCUCCAGUGAGAGCAGCAUUGUUGAUACUGGCUCCGCCCUGCAGAUCAACUCAGUCAAGGUUCCUAGCAAUCUCAUGCUAACCGACCUCUUCAAGCACCUGAUGGUCACUGCCCGCCGCUUCACCGUCAUCAUCGAGGAGAAACUCCUGCUCAAACUGCUGAGCUUCUUCGGUUAUGGACACACAGAAGCAGAGCUUGAGAAGCUGGACGAGAACCUGUAUGAGCGGGUCAGCGAGGAGGCGGGAGCUCCUAAGCGAUACUACUUUGAGAACCUGAAGAUCAGCCUUCCUCAGGUCAAGCUGAGCGUGUUCACCUCACACAAGCUCCCCCCAGACCUCAAGGCUCUCAAAAGCACCCUGGGAAUUCCACUCAUCCGCUUUGAGGACGCCGUCAUCAACAUGUAUCCCUUCACACGCGUGCACCCCUACGAGACCCAGGAAAUCAUCCUCAAUGACAUCCUCAAGCACUUCCGGGAGGAGCUGAUCAGCCAGGCGGCUCAGAUCCUGGGCUCCGUGGACUUCCUCGGUAACCCCAUGGGGCUCCUUAACGACGUCAGCGAGGGCGUGUCUGAGCUCAUCAAGUAUGGCAACGUGGGCGGUCUCAUCCGCAACGUCACCCACGGCGUGUCCAACUCUGCAGCUAAGUUUGCUGGAACCCUGUCAGACGGGCUGGGAAAGACCAUGGACAACCGGCACCAGAGUGAACGAGAGUACAUCCGUUACCAUGGUGCUACCAGCGGGGAACACCUGGUGGCGGGGAUUCACGGCCUGGCUCACGGUAUCAUCGGCGGUCUGACCAGUGUCAUCACAUCCACGGUGGAGGGGGUGAAGACUGAGGGCGGGGUCAGCGGUUUCUUCUCAGGCCUGGGCAAAGGACUGGUCGGCACGGUAACCAAACCAGUGGCGGGAGCGCUGGACUUUGCCUCAGAGACGGCACAGACGGUUCGUGACAUGGCCAGCCUCAGUAACCACAGGCUCAGUGUCCAGCGUGUCAGGAAGCCCCGCUGCUGUAAGGGACCCCAGGGCCUGCUCCCUCGCUUCUCCCCCAGCCAGGCUGAUGGCCAGGAGCAGCUCUUCCACCUCACUGACAACAUCCACUCAGAGUUCUUCAUCGCAGUGGAGCCCAUAGACUCCUACUGUGUGCUCAUCUCCUCCAAGGUGGUGUACUUCUUGAAACCUGGUGACUUUGUAGACCGUGAAGCCAUCUUCCUGGAGGUCAAGUACGAUGACCUCUACCACUGUCUGGUCUCCAAGGACCAUGGAAAGGUGUAUGUGCAGCUCACCAAGAAGGCGGAGGGCACUAGCAGUGGGGUGGCCAUCCCAGGCCCCUCCCACCAGAAGCCUAUGGUUCAUGUAAAGAGUGAGAAUCUUGCUGUGAAAAUCUCUCAAGAAAUCAACUAUGCCAAGAGCCUUUACUACGAACAGCAGCUCAUGCUGCCUCCCAACGAGGACGAAGACUGCUUGCUAUUAGAGUCCUAACCAGACCUUAACUAGCCAUGAAGGUGGACUUGUCAGGAUAUAGUUUGAGGAUAUCUGCACUUACUACUUGCUUUUGAUACCCCUAAGGAGGGAUAUAUUGCCCAAUCCUCAUCCUCAAAGCCACAAAUAAAAGUUGUCCACUUCUUGUUAGGCAGACAAGUGGACACAGCAGACUCUGUAAGCAGGUGUCUGAGUGCUUUUGGUGAGGUCGCAGAUUAGUUUGAGUAACUUUUGGGGUCAGGAUUGAGCACCCGUGCACUUGGUAGAAGAACAUAGUGUGAGGGUUUGAUAUCCCAAGAAGCACAUUUAAAUAACAAUACAUAUGCAAACGUGUUUUAAUGCAUUCUGUACAUUUACAAGAUUAUGACAGAUUAUUUUGUUUUACAAAGAUGUUUAUAAAACGAUCAAUAUACGUUGAUGUAGAUAUACACAUCCCAAGUAGUGUUAAAUAUGUUUGUUAAUAGACACUUAUGUACAUAUAUAGCUACAUACCAAUAUAACACUAUCCAACUAUGUACAUAUCAGUUGUGAAGUAUGAAAAAGAGAAGAAAAAAUAGAUACUGAGGUUGAUGUGAAAUGCUGUACAAAACUGCCUUUAAAAAUGUCUUUAUAUUGUGUAUAAAAGUAUUUUUCCUGGUUGAAGACACUGAAUUAAUUGCACUGACACUGGGGUGGGCUAAGCAGACAUCCCUUGUCCCCUACCCACCCCGAUCACAGUAACGCGACCAUGGGAGAUGCCACUCUUAUCUUUAGCCUUUUACAAUCAUGGACCUCACUCUGGAAUCACUCUACUUUUUAUUUAAUGACUUUUUUUACCAGUGUCCUUUUUAACAAAUUUGCACCAGAGAGCUACCGGAUUGGUGGUUGGUAUGCUUCCUUGAACCAGACCUGGUCCAAUAGCUUUUGAUUUCAGUCAAAUACUUCUUGCUGGUUUGAUUUGUUUUUGUUGUGCAAUAUUCCAUUGCUCCAUUGGUUGAUCAAACCAAAGUAUUUAAUCAAAAUCAUAUUUGGAUCUAGGUCUGCUCUAAAGAUAGGAAUUUGACUGUGAUGGAAUGGAGCCUAAUAUCCCAAAGCUAGUCACAUUUGGGAAACAUGAGCAUUUACCUUGUGAAAGAGUACAAAAUUAAUUAUCUAUUGCCUAAAAUAAAGCACCACAACUGCAAUACUAAUUUAUGUGUGUGUGCUAACUCUAUCCAUCUUUAUCUAGCGCUAUCGCUGCUGGUGUACAAACUCCUGCCUUCCUCAUCAAUCUUCUGGAGUGGCAGACCAGACUAGGCAUGGGGUCUCCCCCCUACUGGAGGGCUACGCCUGCCCUCGUUAGUUCCCCCAGACCUCCUGCUCUGCAUUCUGAUGGAUGAAUCACU